UUUUUUCGUAGAUUUUUUACUUUAUACUGUUUCAUAAAUAUCCUAUAUAAAAAAGACAAACAUGAAACUCACAUUUUUAUUCGUGGUAUUGAUGGUGUUAUAUGACGUCACAACGGCUCAAGAUGACGUCAGGGACGUCAUAAACGACGAAGACAUCGACAGAGCGAUUGAAGUUCUUUCGCGGCUUCAAGAAGAAGAAACUAAUCCGGAUUUAACCGACGGUGACCAGAAAAUGGAGGACACCAGAGAAAAAUAUGACAUGGAAGGUGAAGCGGACGGGAACGACAAUAAAGAAGAGAGAGAUCCACUUACUAAUAUAAUGAAGAGAUUCUACAUUAAAGUAGUUCGGCAAUAUUGCCCACCCGGACAACAAUGUUUGGGAUUCAGAGGCCGCCACCGUUGGCAACGAUGUACUUGUCCUGGUAGAACUCGCUGCCAGAAGUCUCCAGGCUAUGGAUAUGAAUGCUUGUAAUCUUUAUUCAAACGUAACAAUAUACACCCAAACGCAACAAUGUUCAUUUAUACGUAACAGUACAUUCACAUCUUGCAAACUGUAGUGUAGAAUGUAGAUACUUAAUUUACAUAAUCCAAAAAUUAUAACCGAUUUUUCUUUCAAAUACGUAAAUUUUUAACACUUUACCUUUCACGCUUAACCUGACUGUUAUUUCGUAUGCUCUGCCCAUUCCCAUUGCUGCAGUAAAACAAUUAAUUAUAUCACAUAGUGUAUAUACUUAUUGUUAUUAUCGAUGUUGUAAUGUGUCAAUAAAUGCAUUUGGAAAAUAA